CAUAGGACGGAGCAAAUAAAGAACAGAUCAGAUCAGCUGGAGAAAGACAAUCGUUGCACACUGAACUUGAAAAAAAAUCUUAAAGCAUUGUUACAGAGGAAGGACUUUUUCCGCUUUCUUUAAGACCCACUGGUCAGAUGGAUAUUACCUGGAUUACCACUGGUUUACUGGCUCUCUCAGUGAUUAUAGGACUGGCGCCAUCUGUCAGACAGUCCUUUGUGCAGUCUGAAACAACUACAUAUGAUUCCACAACUGCUACGUUAACAACCCAGGCAUCAGCAACGCCACAAGUCCCCGCAUUUACACUUUUUGAAACGACAGAUGAGGCCGCAACAUCACCGUUUUUAUCAACAAAAGCCUUGCAUUCUACAACAUCACAAGACCAAGCAACAGAUGGUGAGACGGAAGUCGAUAUUCAAACGACUCGACGUGCUUUAUCAUCUGCGGCAGAGUCAACAACACGUACUUCAACGGAUACUGAAAUCCUCACAAGAGAUAGUUUAACAACAAAUGAGGUCACAGAAUCUAAAAACAUGUCAAUAAUACGAGAAUCACAGACAACACUUGAGUCAAUAACGGAUGAGGACCCCAUAACUGCAAGAGCUUCAACAGCUGGUGAAGCAGCAACAAUCGCCAGCACUUCAACAAAACUUCAGUUCACAACAACUCCACCUGACUCAACGGUCGAUUUUCCAGCAACUGAACAUGCUUCAACAGCAGUCAUUGCAAUUCUUGGGUCAACAACGCCAGAAUCUACACAAGUGCCACCAACAACUGUGCUGGCUCCAAAAACUCCAGAGGACCCAACAACUCUGCUUGCUCCAACAACAACGGAGGACCCAACGACUCUGCUUGCUCCAACAACAACGGAGGACCCAACGACUCUGCUUGCUCCAACAACUCUGGAGGACCCAACAACUCUGCUUGCUCCAACAACUCUGGAGGACCCAACAACUCUGCUUGCUCCAACAACAACGGAGGACCCAACAACUCUGCUUGCAUCAAUAUCACUGGAAUCUACAGCAUCUCCCUAUGCCUCAACAGCGACGUCUGUCCUCAUUGAAACAGAAUUCCUCACAACUCUUGGUCCCACAAAGAAUGACUUCCCAACAACAGUCCAUGUUAUAACAAUAAAUAAGACCCCAGCAACUGGGAGUGCAUUCACAACAGUUGAGGCGGCAACAAUGCCAAGCACUUCACAUUUAAAGUCUCCACAGACUUUAACUGCAAUAGCUGUCAUGACAACACACAUCUCAACAGCUACAGAAGUCACUACAGAGACUGGAACAACGAUAAAAGAAUCCCCAGCAACUAUGAGUGCUUCAACAACAAACAAGUUUGCAUCACCACCACAUUCAACAACACGUGCUUCAAAUGCACCAGAAUCCCCAAGCCUCACAAGUUCGUCAACACCAAGGGAAGCACAGAUAUUUACAACACCCGGAGGUCGGACUGACUCACCUGGGCCAACAACUACAGUGGCGACUAGGUCCUCCAGGGUCGUCCCAGCAACGGAUGCUCCACCUGUCUCACGUGGUCUCAGUUCUACGACACCUAUCACAGCAACACAGAAGCUUACAACAACUAGCAGUCAGGCUGACUCACUUGGUCCAACGUCUACAGUGGCAACUAGGUCUUCCAGGGUCGUCCCAGCAACAGAUGCUCUGUCUGUCCCACGUGGCCUCAGUUCUACGGCACCUAUCACAGCGACACAGAAGCUCACAACAACUAGCAGUCAGCCUGAUUCUCUUGGUCCAACAUCUACAGUAGCAACAAGGUCCUCCAGGAUUGUCCCAGCAACAGAUGCUGUGUCUGGCCCACGUGGUCUCAGUACUACGACCCCGAUCGCAGCUACACAGAAGCUCAUGACUGACAGAGAUGGGCCACCAACUACAGUGGCGACUAGGUCUUCCAGGGUCGUCCCAGUAACAGAUGCUCUGUCUGUCCCACGUGGUCUCAGUUCUACGGCACCUAUCACAGCGACACAGAAGCUCACAACAACUAGUAGUCUGGCUGACUCACUUGGUACAACGUCUACAGUAGCAGCAAGGUCCUCCAGGAUUGUCCCAGCAAAAGUUGAUCUGUCUGUCCCACGUGGCAUCAGUACUACCACACCGAUCGCAGCAACACAGAAGCUCACGACUGACGGAGAUGGGCCACCAACUACAGUGGCGACUAGGUCCUCCUGGGUCGUCCCAGUAACAGAUGCUCUGUCUGUCCCACGUGGUCUCAGUUCUACGGCACCUAUCACAGCGACACAGAAGCUCACAACAACUAGUAGUCUGGCUGACUCACUUGGUACAACGUCUACAGUAGCAGCAAGGUCCUCCAGGAUUGUCCCAGCAAAAGUUGAUCUGUCUGUCCCACGUGGCAUCAGUACUACCACAGCGAUCGCAGCAACACAGAAGCUCACGACUGACGGAGAUGGGCCACCAACUACAGUGGCGACUAGGUCCUCCAGGGUCGUCCCAGCAACAGAUGCUCUGUCUGUCCCACGUGGCCUCAGUACUACAGCACCAGUCACAGCAACACAGAAGUUCACCACUACCGGAGGACGGACUGACUCACGUAGUCCAACGUCUAUGGUAACAGCUAGGUCCUCUAGGGUUGUCCCAGAAACAGAUGCUCCAUCUGUCCCAGGUGGUUUCAGUACUACGGCACCUAUUGCAGCAACACAUAAGCUUACAAUGACUAGAGGUCAGACCGACUCAGGUGGGCUACCAUCUACAGUAGUGACUAGAUUCUCCAGGGUUGUCCCGGCAACAGAUGCUCUACCUGUCUCACGUGGUCUCAUUACUACGACACUGAUCGCAGCAACACAGAAGCUCGCGACUGACGGAGGUGGGCCACCAACUACAGUGGCGACUAGGUCCUCCAGGGUCGUCCCAGCAACGGAUGCUCCACCUGUCUCACGUGGUCUCAGUACUACGGCACCUAUCACAGCGACACAGAAGCUCACGACUGACGGAGGUGGGCCACCAACUACAGUGGCGACUAGGUCCUCCAGAGUUGUCCCAGCAACGGAUGCUCCACCUGUCUCACGUGGUCUCAGUUCUACGACACCUAUCACAGCGACACAGAAGCUCACGACUAGAGAACAGAUAAGAUCGGAUGAUACAACAUCUAUGGUGGCCUCCGGGGUUAGCCAAGCUGUCAGCACUCUGGGUGUCUCACAUGCUCUCAUUUCAAGUGCUUCUACCAGAACAACAAAAAUGCUUACGACAACAAGGGCUCAGACUGACUCACUUACUGUGAAGAAAGUGACUCAAGCAAAAACCCAAUCACAAAAACCCACAACAAUCGAUCGGACAACUAAAAAACCUACGGAGCCUCCACAGCCUGUUGUUCGUGUUCAUGUUUUCAUUGUGUCUUUUGUAAUGCCAAAUGAACCGUCAAAUGGCAUAGAAGAUUCGAGCUCAGCUGCCUAUAAAAGCCUGCAAGUCAGAGUCAUCAGUUUUUGUUUCUUUUUAUAUUCAAGAUUUGACAAUUUCAUACAGAUUGUCAUUGUUCGUUUCAGGUACAUUUCUGUCAGAUAUUCCUUGUCUCUGUCUUUAUUGUCACUUUGCAUUGUGCCCUGCAAUAUUGAACUUUUAAGUAAGUUUGUCAUUUCAUAUUUCAGGAUUUUUGUCCGCUCAGUAAGGACAGGAGGUGUGGAGGCAGAGAUAAGAAUAGAAUUUAAUGGGUCUACUCCACUGUCAGAGCUUCCUACGAAUUCUGAAAUUGCCCAAGUUAUAGUGAACGGCUCCAGUCUUGCUCCUUUAUUCAACAUUUCAGGAAUUAAUAUCACCUCAGUCCAAGUCACUGACAGCCCACAUCGAAACACUUCAAUUGCAACAACUAUAUCUCCUACUCAAAGAGCAACAACGACAGCCCUUACUGUAAAGCCUGCAACAGCAGGAAUAACAGUCACACGGAGGAUUACUUUUACGUCUCGUACGUCCACAUUUGUAGUGGACUUGCUCAAUCCCGCUUCUGAUGCCUUUAAAGAGCGGGCCUUGCUUAUCAAGAACCAGCUGGAACCAAAAUUCAAGGAGGCGUUCCCUGCACUCAUCAGCUUCCUCGUGGUGUCGUUCAGCAAUGGAUCUGUCAUCAACAAUGCUGAUGUCAAAUUUCCAUUUGCAUCAGUCCCCACGAACGAGGAGAUAGCAAACCUGCUGCGCAACAUAACUGUCGUUGGAUUUGACAUUGACAUGGCGUCUAUCCUUGUUGAUGGAGCAAUUAUAGCUUCAAACGGAGUAAGUCAAGCCAUCAGCGUUGUCUCAGCACUCUGUCUCCUGGUGGUGUCGAUGCUGCUGUUGUGAUUCCAGCAGCAUCAAAACUGAUGUGGUACACACCAGGACUGAGCAAAGGAGAUUGCCUCUAUGGUCAGUUGAAGCUCACUGGGUUGUGCGCAUCAGGCAAACCAACAAUGACCAUGCCAACGGGACUCCGGUCAAAGACACACAACUUCAUGGUGAAGAAUGACUUUCAUUUUUCAUUUUCAUUUUUUAUCGAUUUUUGUGUGUAUUUAACCAACCGAUUUGCUAAGCAAAUCUUUCAGCGUUUAUCUUUCCUUCCCUUAUGAAUUGUUUAAUGCUUGAUUUUAUUUCUGAAGACAUGAUCCUUCAAUGUUGUAUUCUCUGAGCACUUUCUCGAACCAGUAACUUAAGUCGAAUCUUUGAUGAUUUACACAUAAAAAAUGAUUUUGUUUAUUUAUUACGCAACACCAGAGUUGCUCAUUGUUUAUCCUCAAUAAAUAAAUA